AAACUGAAAUUAAGGAAUAUCAAGAUGAGAUUUUAAGAGAAGUAUGUAAUGCUUCAUUUUUACCUUCAAGAAAGAAAUUAAGUAAAGAUUCUCUCAAGUAUAAUAUAAGUUUUGAACUAAAUUUAGCUGUUGCUUAA